CACUAGCAGAUGUUUUUGCAUUCGAAGUAGGUGAAGGUGAAAUCACUAUAUCUGAAAUAGAUGAGAAUAAAUCCACUGCAUCUAAAGUGGAUUGUGAUACUGAUACAACCAGAGCAAAUAAGGGUAAAUUUACUAUAUUUGAAAUAAGUAAAGGUGGUACUAUUGAAACUGGAAUAGACAAAG